AUGAGUACCAAGGGGGCUGCAGAGGACAAGAUCCUUAACCACAAGGGGAUAUUGUUGCAGGAGCUGUUUUCCUUGAAAGGAUACAAGGACGUUGGACUGCAAUCUGAUGAUGGCCCUAGAAGGAAACUACGGACAUCGUUCUUUACAAACGGCCUUACCCUAACACUUCUUGCCUAUGACACAUCGAAGCAAAAAAGAGGAAGAGGUUCGCAAGCUGCCCAACCUUCGGAUACUCAAAGAUCUCAAGCAGUCCAGGCUUCUUCAAGUGCUCAGCAGGGAUCCUCGUCUUCAGGCCAUGGUGCAGGCGAUGGUGGUGAUGAUGGAGACGACGACGGAAAUGAAGAUGACGAUAUCUUGCUGGGUAUCAGCGAUAUUGACUUGCUGGAAGUUGAUGAACCAUUCUUAGAUGGCAAUGAGGGAGAAGAAGCAGCUGAAGAAGGUACAUCGAGCACAAAUCCACUGUCCCCGGCGAGUCCCAGUCCCCGGCGUGAGAUCAACUGGAAGCAGAGAUCCCGUCUCCUCGAGAAUGUAGAAGUUAAAUAUGACACCCAGGCAGCAUGGGACCAGUGA